GUGUGUGUGCGUGUGUGUGCACGAGUGUGGGGUGUGUAAGGCUCCAGCGCUCCGCUCACGGCCGCUGCUAGGGAAGGACAGACAGACAGCGCUUCCUCCCAUUGCUAGCAGUUCCCGGGCACCUCGACUCGGCCCGGACACAAGUGGAGCGCGCCUUGCUGGCCGCUGCCCUCCAGAAGGUCCCACUGCGUCCCCCUUGGGCUGGAUAUGUUCAUGUUCACGUGAAGAUGGAUUUAGUGUACGGUCUCGUGUGGCUGCUGACAGUCCUCCUGGAGGGAAUCUCUGGCCAAGGAGUGUACGCUCCCCCGACGGUUCGGAUUGUGCACUCAGGAUUGGCCUGUAAUAUAGAGGAGGAGCGCUACUCGGAAAGGGUCUAUACCAUCCGGGAAGGAGAAACGCUAGAGUUGACCUGUCUGGUUACUGGACAUCCACGCCCACAGAUCAGGUGGACCAAAACAGCAGGAAGCGCCUCUGACAGAUUCCAAGACUCGAGUGUCUUCAAUGAGACUUUGAGGAUUACAAGCAUUCAGAGACACCAAGGAGGCCGAUAUUACUGUAAAGCAGAGAAUGGCUUGGGGUCCCCAGCAAUAAAGUCGAUCCGAGUGGAUGUGUACUACUUGGAUGAUCCUGUAGUAACUGUUCAUCAAAGUAUAGGUGAAGCUAAAGAACAAUUUUACUAUGAGAGAACAGUGUUCCUCCGAUGUGUGGCCAAUUCCAACCCCCCUGUGCGCUACAGCUGGAGACGUGGCCAAGAGGUGUUGCUACAAGGAUCUGACAAAGGAGUGGAGAUUUACGAGCCCUUUUUUACCCAGGGGGAAACAAAGAUCUUAAAGCUAAAGAAUCUCCGACCUCAGGACUAUGCUAACUACAGCUGCAUUGCUUCAGUGAGGAACGUGUGUAAUAUUCCAGACAAGAUGGUGUCUUUUAGACUUUCCAAUAAAACCGCUUCUCCGUCAAUUAAGCUCUUGGUGGAUGACCCUAUAGUUGUAAAUCCUGGAGAGGCCAUAACGUUAGUGUGUGUUACAACAGGGGGAGAGCCUAUGCCCUCUCUCACCUGGGUCAGGUCCUUCGGGACUCUGCCUGAAAAGAUUGUUUUGAAUGGAGGGACAUUGACCAUACCUGCCAUCACCUCUGAUGAUGCUGGGACUUACAGCUGCAUUGCCAAUAAUAAUGUGGGAAACCCUGCAAAAAAGUCCACCAACAUCAUUGUGAGAGCAUUAAAAAAAGGACGAUUUUGGAUCACUCCUGAUCCUUAUCACAAAGAUGACAACAUCCAGAUUGGGCGUGAGGUGAAAAUAUCUUGCCAAGUUGAAGCUGUUCCCUCUGAAGAGUUAACAUUCAGUUGGUUUAAAAAUGGCCGUCCAUUAAGAAGUUCUGAGCGGAUGGUUAUUACACAGACUGACCCUGAUGUGUCCCCCGGAACAACAAAUUUGGAUAUCAUUGAUUUAAAAUUCACGGACUUUGGGACUUACACAUGCGUGGCCUCUCUGAAGGGAGGAGGAAUAUCUGAUAUCAGUAUUGACGUUAACAUUUCCAGCAGCACAGUUCCACCCAAUCUGACUGUUCCACAGGAAAAAUCACCUUUGGUCACCAGAGAAGGGGACACAAUAGAACUUCAGUGUCAAGUAACUGGGAAACCAAAACCAAUCAUCCUUUGGUCUAGAGCAGAUAAAGAAGUUGCAAUGCCUGAUGGGACAAUGCAAAUGGAGAGUUAUGAUGGGACCCUCAGGAUUGUGAACGUGUCAAGGGAAAUGUCAGGGAUGUACAGAUGCCAGACCAGUCAGUACAAUGGAUUCAACGUGAAGCCCAGGGAAGCCUUGGUGCAGCUCAUCGUGCAGUAUCCCCCAGCUGUGGAACCAGCAUUCUUGGAAAUCCGUCAAGGACAGGACAGAAGUGUGACCAUGAGCUGUAGGGUUCUAAGAGCCUAUCCGAUACGUGUGCUGACUUAUGAAUGGCGUCUGGGCAAUAAAUUAUUACGGACCGGUCAGUUUGACUCUCAGGAGUAUACCGAGUACCCACUAAAGAGUCUUUCCAAUGAAAACUAUGGAGUUUAUAACUGCAGCAUCAUUAAUGAAGCUGGAGCAGGGAGAUGCAGCUUUCUUGUGACAGGAAAGGCCUAUGCCCCAGAGUUCUACUAUGACACCUACAACCCUGUGUGGCAGAACCGACACCGAGUGUACUCUUACAGUCUGCAGUGGACACAAAUGAAUCCCGAUGCAGUGGAUCGGAUUGUCGCAUACCGUUUGGGUAUUCGGCAGGCUGGACAGCAACGUUGGUGGGAACAGGAGAUUAAAAUAAAUGGGAAUAUUCAAAAGGGAGAACUAAUUACAUAUAACUUGACUGAACUUAUUAAACCAGAGGCCUAUGAAGUCCGACUGACUCCUCUCACUAAAUUUGGUGAAGGAGAUUCAACAAUUCGUGUAAUUAAAUAUACGGCACCUGUAAAUCCUCAUUUGAGAGAAUUUCACUGUGGAUUUGAAGAUGGUAAUAUAUGCUUAUUCACCCAAGAUGAUACAGAUAACUUUGACUGGACAAAGCAAAGUACUGCAACAAGAAAUACAAAAUACACCCCUAACACAGGUCCCAAUGCAGAUCGGAGUGGUUCCAAAGAAGGUUUUUAUAUGUACAUCGAGACAUCGCGACCCAGACUAGAAGGAGAAAAGGCUCGACUUCUCAGCCCUGUGUUCAGCAUAGCUCCCAAAAAUCCAUAUGGACCUACCAAUAGUGCAUAUUGUUUCAGUUUCUUCUAUCACAUGUAUGGGCAACAUAUAGGUGUUUUAAAUGUAUAUCUACGUUUGAAAGGGCAGACAACAAUAGAGAAUCCUCUAUGGUCUUCGAGUGGGAACAAAGGACAACGAUGGAAUGAAGCUCAUGUUAAUAUAUAUCCAAUUACUUCAUUUCAGUUAAUUUUUGAAGGCAUUCGGGGUCCUGGGAUAGAAGGUGACAUCGCCAUUGACGAUGUGUCAAUUGCAGAAGGAGAAUGUGCAAAACAAGACCUACCAACUAAGAAUUCCGUGGAUGGUGCUGUUGGGAUCUUAGUUCAUAUAUGGCUUUUUCCAGUUAUCAUCCUCAUCUCGAUCUUAAGCCCUCGAAGGUGACCUUAUCCUGGCAGAGGCUAUAAAUGAUUCACCAGGCACUGGCAUGAAGAAAGAGUCUUUGUAAAUGGACACUGAAAAAAAACAAACUACCAAAGAUUCCUCCACUGACUACUGACUCAAAAAUUAAAUAAUAAGAACAACAUUUUUUAAGCACUGGGGAUAAAAAAAAAAGACAUCAUGGAAAUAUAACUUAUUCCAAACUACAUAUAGAAGAUAUUCUUGGCCUGGGUACAAAAGAGCCCUUCAGGUGCUUUUGUGGCUAAAAUGAUUACAGCUUCAUCUGGUUGAACUCUGGAAAAAGAAAAUAAAAGAAAAAGAAAGAAAGAAAAAGAAGAAGAAGAAGAAAAAGAGCUAUAGAAAUCCUCGUCAAAGCACAAAGUCAUGGCUGGUUUUGUUUCAAAUGAAUAGUUUGCUUGUUACCAUGGAAACCUAAUGGCCUGCCAACAAAAACCUCACUGUAAACAGGGUACGUGGAGAGCUGGCGUUUAUUUUCCUUUCAAGAAGGUUUUAUGUAGAGAAUUAAAUAAAUGUAGGCCCUUUUACCUUGGCUGUUACCCUUCCUUGAAAAUACUCCAAACUCGGAAUUAUUUAAAGGUUUCAUAUCCCUGCCCGCCUUACCCCACCCCACUUUUACUGUUGUUUGGGUUUUGUUGUCGUUGUUGUUGUUGUUAUUGUUGUUACUGUUUGUUGUAGUUAUUUUCUUUUUUCUUUUUUUUCUCCCUCCCAUGGCUAAGCUAGAUAACUGUAUGAUGUCUCUUUUUGCAUGCACUGCUAUCCAGGAUGGUAAACCUGGGCUUACAUAUUACACAGGCUUAUCGGAGUUUGCUUGCGGCCACUUGACACCCAAACUACGUCAUCUGUUCCUAUGAAGAAACCAAACCACCAUCUUUUAUAAAUUGCCAUGGAAACCAAGUGCCUUCAAUGAAACAAGCCUGAAUAAUUUUCAACUCAGAAGCUUGCACUGCUAACAAUGGUUUGUGUAAAACUAUUUUGUAACCAGACGACACAGCCUAAAUGUGCAAAUUACAGGCAAGACACCCUAGCCGCUUCUGAAGAAGAAAGGACCCACGUGCUGCGUAAACCCACGCAGACAAGAUUAUUUGUUUCACCUCCUAGACAGCCAUGGCCUUUCGGCUUAAUGUCCAUAGAAAGUAACUUCCAUUGAGACCAAACAUGGGAGCAACACUUUUUUCUUCCAGGUUAUUAAUGGGUCAACCAGAGCAAAAGGUUGUUGAGAUAAUACUUAGCACAGAAGGUGGUAAAACACAGAAGUGAUUUUUACUCUAACCUCCAUUUCAAAUGAGAUUGGCUUUGCCUUUAGAGAGAACAAGGAAAUGUUUGCGAUUGCCGUGCAUACAAACUCUGCCGCGGAACUGGGCCUGAAAACAAUCUGCCUUUAUUCUAAACACUGAGGGGAAUAGGCCUCUGCCCUUUAGUCAGACUCUGUGCAAAUUGUGAAAUAUUAUUUUAUUAUUUUAACAAGAUUAAAAAACACUUUUACAAAAAAACAAAAACCUGUAAAAAUGAUUUUGAGCUACCUGAGGACAAACCAUAACUUUAACCAGCCAGUUUUCCAAUGCAUUGUAAAUUUCACUUAAACCUGUUGGUUAUGACAAUUUGAAGAUCUUUUUCCUUAAAUUAUCACAACUUUUAACUUCAUUUAAAAAAGACUUUUGUCUAAAGAAGAAUAUUAUUAUUAUCUGUUCUUUCAACACCCCAGGAUUUAAAAAAAAUACUGAUUAUGCAAGUAAUUGGGAUCUAAGUAUUAAAUUGCAGCAUUUGCAAAUAUUAAUAUAAAAAGCACAACAAAAUGUAGUGGAAAUGACAAAGCUUGAUUUUUUAAAACAACUGUAGAGAUGUUUGUGCAAAUUCAAUAAUUCAACUUAAAAUAUAAUUUUACAGCUCUGUUCAAUAAAGCCUCUUUCCAGGUAAGG